AUGACCGAUGAGAGAUAUUUGCUAGAGGCACUCGGUAGAUAUGUCAACGAAGCAAUCAUUCAAGUUUGUGGGGGAGGGAUUCAAGACCAAAUCGAAAAGGACCAGCUCAGAGAUCUCGCAAGGACGACCAUUUCGUUUCCCAAUCAAACAAAACUCCCACCAGGUAUCGGAGGUAAACCCCACGACAUUGAAGUGAAGACUGCCCUUUCGUUGUUUCAUCGGUGGAAACGAGCCAACAAGGAUACAAAAGUGGAAGUGAUUUCCGAUCUGGGGAUUGUACGAGAAGUUCCUACCCCACGCAUACUUGCUGAGCUGUUGGUGACGGAAUUCUUGGAAGCAGCUUGUCGUCAAGACAGCGUAGUACACGACCUUCGUGUCCAACCCUCGGGCGUCAUAUGUAUCAUUACAUACGCUCGAUCAGAGCUCCUUCGACAGGCAGGAAGACUGCCUUGUCCGCACUGUUGUCAGUGGUGCAAAGGCACGAAGGGUUUGUGGUGGCAUCAACAGCAAAAGCACAAGAUUGAGUAUUCUGAAGCAACAACUGUAGCCUCCUCGUCCGUCAAUGAACUUGCCAUUGUCGUGUAUUCACCCAAUACGGUACUUCGAUCGAACAAUACCAGUACUACUAAUGGCAGCACAGAACCACUACCGGUACACGGACGACAGCAGCAACGACAACAUCAUAUGACAACCGACGAUCCGAUCGAGUUUGCCAAGAAUGGAGAUUUGGACGGAUUGAAGAAUGCAGUCAUGUACAAGGGAUACCAGCCAUUGAAUGAUUGGGAUCGACGAGGGGCAAAUCCCUUGCACUGGGCUGCCGGAUCAGGUCACUUGGAUAUUGUCAAGUAUCUAGUAGAAGACUGUCACAUUGAUCCCAACCAGGGUCAAAGGGGGAAACGAUCCUUUUCGGGACGGACUGCUCUUCAUUGGGCAGCGCGAAAUGGGCACUUGGAGACCGUGGAAUAUCUCGUAGGCAACACGCUACAUCCUGUCAAUUUGGAAACUGCUACCAUCGACGGCACGACCGCAUUUUGUUGGGCGGCGUGGCAAGGACAUUUACAUGUCAUGGACUUACUGUAUUCCAAAGGUUGUAAUAUCCACACCACCAACUCGUUUGGAUGCAAUCCCGUACUGUGGUGCGCUCAAGGCAAAGGGGAAGAAAGCACCAUUUUAGAAUGGCUAGCGGAAAAGCAGAGUCGCAUGGAUGUGACCAAUCACAAUGGACAUGGCGUCCUGCACAAGGCAGCACAACGGGGCUGGAAGGUCGGAUGUCAUUGGUUUGUAAACAAGAUUUUGCAAGGAAAUAAUCGAACAGGAAGUUCCAUGACGGCCAAUGAAAUUGCCAACGCUCUUCGACUGGUGGGACCAGAUACUGAAGGAUACUGUCCGUCAGACCUGGCAGGUAUGGAAGGAAACGAAGAGCUGGCAAAAUUCUUGGUUGGUGUCGAAUUGGACGUGAUUGAACGAGUCGCAACCAGCAACACUGGACCUCUGUCAUUGCCAGAAUGGCUCGGCGAUAGUCGUGGUACUCAAGCCUACUGUGCAAACGAGCAGUUUGUUUGGGAACCUCAAGGUGGAAUCCGAAGAAUGAAAGGGAAGCUGUCCACAAUAACAAUAAAAUCAAUAGAAGCAAUCAAAGAAUAA